GUUUCAGAUUGCUAAACCCUGGUGCGCAGUGGGGGAGAAAGGCAGGCAGGAGGUGGCCAGCCACACCCCGCAGCGCUCACACUUGGUGGGCUGCAGACCCCGCGGGCAGAAGCCGAGAUGCGCUGCCGGAGCCUCCUAAGCGCUGCCCACUUUCUCUGCGUGUGCGCGACCGCACUGGCCGCCCCGGGGUCUCGCUUUCUGGUGACAGCCCCAGGGACCAUCAGGCCUGGAGCAAAUGUGACAGUUGGCGUGGAGCUUCUGGAAAAUGGUCCCCUACAGGCCACUGUAAAGGCUCAGGUGUUAAAGAAGGCUUUCAACACCACGGUCACCGUCCUGGAAGCAGAAGGAGUCUUUGAAAGAGGCUUUUUCAAGACUCUUACUCUUCCAUCACUCCCUCUGGACAGUGCGGACGAGACUUAUGAACUACACGUAACUGGACAUUCCCAGGAUGGGCUUUUGUUCUCCAACAGCACACGCUUAUCGUUUAACACCAAGAGAAUGUCUGUCCUCAUUCAGACAGACAAAGCAUUCUAUAAGCCCAAGCAAGAGGUGAAGUUUCGUGUGCUCACACUUUUAUCAGACUUCAAGCCUUAUAAGUUGCCGGUGAACAUUUUCAUCAAGGAUCCAAAGUCUAACAUGAUUCAACAGUGGUUUUCUCAGCAAGGUGAUCUCGGGGUCAUCUCCAAAACUUUUCAAUUAUCUUCUCAUCCAAUCCUUGGGGACUGGUCCAUUCAGGUUCAAGUGAAUGACCAGCAGUAUUAUCAGUCAUUCGAGGUCUCGGAAUACGUGUUACCGAAGUUUGAAGUUACCUUACAGACCCCAUUGUAUUGUUCUUUGAACGCUAAGAAAUUAAGUGGAACCGUCACAGCAAAGUAUACGUAUGGGAAGCCGGUGAAGGGACAUGUAACACUUACAUUUUUAUCUUUAUCUGUUUGGAGAGAGAAGAAAAAUAUCACAAAAAUCUUUGAGAUAAAUGGAUCCGCCAACUUCUCUUUCUCUGAUAAAGAGAUGAAGGAGGUUCUGGAUUUCUCGGAUGAGCACUCUGUGCACAUGGACAUGGCCAUCCCUGGGCCCAUAGAGAUUGUAGCUACCGUGACGGAAUCGCUCACAGGUAUCUCAAGAAAUGCAAGUACCAAUGUGUUUUUCAAACAACAUGAUUACAUCAUUGAGUUUUUUGAUUAUGCGACUGUCUUGAAGCCAUCUCUCAACUUCACAGCCUCUGUGAAGGUCAGCCGCUCUGAUGGCAAUGAACUAACUCAUGAAGAAAGAAGAGAUCCUUUAGUCCUAGUAGUGACCCAGAGGGAAAACACCAACAUCUGGAGAAGGUGGAGCGAUGGAGAACAGGACACGGCUAACAUCAGCAUUAUAAAUUAUACCAUCCCCCAAAAUGGAAUCUGUAAGAUUGAAUUCCCGAUCCUGCACAACUCCAGUGAGCUGCAACUGCAGGCUUCUUUCCUUGAUAGUGUAGGCAAUAUGGCGGUUCGCGGCAUGUUCACCUCUCCCAGCCGGACCUACAUCCAGCUUAAAACCAGAGAAGAACAUGUAAAGGUGGGAUCACCUUUUGAAUUGGUGGUUAGUGGCAACAAACCUUUCAAAGGAUUAAGCUAUAUGGUAGUGUCAAAGGGACAGCUGGUGGCUGUGGGCAAACAAAAUUCGAGAACUUUCUUUUUAACACCAGAAGCUUCCUGGGCUCCCAAGGCCUGCAUAAUUGUGUAUUAUGUUGCAGAUGAUGGGGAAAUUAUAAACGAUGUUCUGAAAAUCCCUGUUCAGUUUGUUUUUACAAAUAAGAUACAGCUCUUCUGGAGUAAAUCUCAAGUCAAGCCGUCUGAGAAGGUCUCUCUCAGGAUCUCAGUGACAGAGGCCGAGUCCAUCAUUGGGAUUGUAGCUGUUGACAAGAGUGUGACUCUGAUGAAUGCCUCAAAUGAUAUUACAAUGGAAAACGUGGUCCAUGAACUGGAGCUUUAUAACACAGGGUACUAUCUGGGCAUGUUCAUGAAUUCCUUCGCUGUCUUUCAGGAAUGUGGUCUUUGGGUGUUUACAGAUGCAAAUCUUGUAAAGGAUAACAUUGAUGGUGUUUAUGAUACCCCAGAAUAUGCUGAGUGGUUUUUGGAGGAAAAUGAGCCAACGUUGAUGGAUUUUCAAGACGUUUCUUUGGUUUGCAAUCCACAUAUCAGGAAGCAUUUUCCAGAAACAUGGAUUUGGCUGGACUCCAACAUGGGAUCCAAGGUUUACCAAGACUUUGAAGUUACUGCACCUGAUUCCAUCACUUCCUGGGUGGCCUCUGCUUUUGUGAUCUCAGAAGAAUUUGGUCUUGGGCUAACAACGAAUCCAGCAGAGCUGCAAGUCUUUCAGCCAUUUUUCAUCUACUUGAAUCUUCCCUCCUUUGUUAUCAGAGGUGAAGAAUUUGCUUUGGAAGUAACUAUAUUCAAUUAUUUGAAAGAUACCACUGAGGUUGUAGCGCUCAUUGAGGAAAGUGACAGCUUUGAUAUUUUAAUGUCUUCAAGUGACACGAAUGACACCGUGCACCAGCAGACAGCUCUGGUUCCCAGCGAGGAUGGGGUCACUUUUUCUUUCCCUAUCAAGCCAACGCAGUUGGGGGAAAUUCCCAUCACAGUGAAAGUUGCCUCGCCUAUUGCUUCGGAUGCCAUCACCCAAAAGGUUUUAGUAAAGGCUGAAGGCAUAGAGAAGUCAUAUUCACAGUCUAUCUUACUGGAUCUGACCGACAGCAAAGUGCAAACUACCCAGAAAACUUUGAGUUUCUCCUUUCCUCCCAAUACAGUCAUCGGCAGUGAAAGAGUUCAGAUCACAGCAAUUGGAGAUAUUCUGGGUCCUUCCAUCAACGGGUUGGCCUCGCUGAUACGGAUGCCUUACGGUUGUGGUGAACAGAACAUGAUAAAUUUUGCUCCAAAUAUUUACGUUUUGGAUUAUCUGACUAAACAGAAGCAGCUGACAGAUAAUUUAAAGGAAAAAGCCCUUUCAUUUAUGAGGGAAGGUUAUCAAAGGGAACUUCUCUAUCAGAGGAAAGAUGGCUCCUUCAGUGCUUUUGGGGAUAGCGACCCUUCUGGGAGUACUUGGCUGUCAGCAUUUGUUUUAAAAUGUUUCACGGAAGCUGACUCCUACAUACAUAUUGAUCCGAAUGUGCUACAAAGAACAUAUAAUUGGCUCAAGGAGCAUCAGAAAUCCAAUGGUGAAUUUUGGGAGCCAGGAAGAGUGAUCCACAGUGAACUUCAAGGAGGCAACAAAAGCCCUGUGACACUUACAGCCUAUAUUGUGACUUCUCUCCUGGGCUACAGAAGAUACCAGCCUGGUGUCGAUGUCCAAGCCUCUAUCAAGUUUUUGGAGUCUGAACUGAACAGAGGAAUUUCCGACAAUUUCACUUUGGCCCUUGUAACCUAUGCCUUGUCUUCAGCGGGGAGUCCUAAAGCGGAAGAUGCUUUGCACCUGCUGACUCAGCAAGCCGAGAAGGAAGGAGACACACAGUUCUGGCUCUCAUCAGCACCCGCACUUUCGGAGUCCUGGCAGCCGCUCUCCCUGGAUAUUGAAGUUGCGGCCUAUGCGCUGCUCUCCUACCUGCAGCACCAUGUUUCUGAGGGCAUCCCCGUCAUGAGGUGGCUCAGCAGGCAGAGGAAUAGCCUCGGAGGCUUUGUGUCCACUCAGGAUACUGUUGUGGCCCUGAAGGCCCUCUCUGAGUUUUCAGCCCUAAUACACACGGAAAAUACAGAUAUCCAAGUGACUGUCACAGGGCCCAGCGCACCGAGACCUGUACACUUUCGGAUUGACACACAGAACCGUUUUCUCCUUCACACGGCAGAGCUUGCUGCGCUGGAGCCCACAGAAGUUCAUAUUUCUGCUCGUGGUUUGGGAUUUGCUAUUUGCCAGUUUAAUGUUGUUUAUAAUGUGAAAAGUUCAGAUUCUUUUAGAAGUUGGGGAUCUAUUGAAAAUAAAGAAGCUUUUGAUUUAGAGAUUGAUGUGAAUGAUGAAGAAGAUGAUGUCAAUCACAUGAAUUUGAAUGUGUGCACAAGAUUUUUGGGCUCCAAGAGGAGUGGCAUGGCCCUCAUGGAGGUCAUCCUGCUCAGUGGUUUCACUGUCCCUCCAGAUGCAGUUCCUCUGAGUGAGAUGGUGAAGAAAGUAGAAUAUGAUCACGGAAAACUCAACCUUUAUUUAGAUUCUGUAAAUGGAACCCAGUUUUGUGUUGAUAUUCCUGCUGAGAGAAACUUCAAAGUUUCAAAUACUCAAGAGGCUUCAGUAUCUAUAGUGGAUUACUAUGAACCAAGGAGACAGGCAGUGAGAAGCUACAACUCCAAGAUGAAGCUGUCUUCUUGUGACCUCUGCGGAGACACCAGCUGCCAUCGCUGUGAGAACGGAGCCCUGGGCUCCCUUCGACACUCUUCAGUCCUUUUCACUUUUUGUUUCAUCCUUCUGUGCUUGGUGGAACAUUGAUUAUGAUUUAUUUUUCAAAGACUUCAUCUAAAACUAGCCUUUCCAGAAACCCAAGUGUGACUGUUUUCACUCUACAGCUGAUGAUUGCCUCUGAUGAUUUUGAAAAUCAAUUGUUUCC